GAGGAUGCGAGGCGAGAUCCAAUCUGCACCCCACGAAAGAAAAGAUUCUUCUCCGCCUCGCCGCUCCGCCGUCCCACCCGUCUCGCUCAUUCCUCCCUCUCACCCAGCAUAUAGCCCACCACCACAUGCCGCAGGGCCCUCACCUCGCCGGACUAAUCGAGUGGGCGCUUGAAAAAAAAAGAACCCAGAACGCGAGCUCGAGCUCCUGCUGCGGCUGCGCGAGGCCGAGAUCGAUUUCGGCAAUAAUUGCAGCGGGAGCAGGCAAAUCAUAGCUUGAGAGAGAGGUUGAUUUGGAAGGUGAGAAGAGAGAAGCGAGGGUGAGAUCGACCGGCUCACUCACCGGCCGAUCGGGAGGGCAGGCCAUGGGGCGCGGGAAGGUGGUGCUGCAGCGGAUCGAGAACAAGAUCAGCCGGCAGGUGACGUUCGCCAAGCGCCGGAACGGCCUGCUCAAGAAGGCCUACGAGCUCUCCAUCCUCUGCGACGCCGAGGUCGCGCUCGUCCUCUUCUCCCACGCCGGCCGCCUCUACCAGUUCUCAUCCUCCUCCAAUCUGCUUAAGACUUUGGAAAGGUACCAGAGGUACAUCUAUGCUUCAGCUGAUGCUGCAGUGCCGUCUAGUGAUGAGAUGCAGAAUAACUAUCAAGAAUAUGUGAAGUUGAAGACAAGAGUUGAGGUUUUACAACACUCACAAAGGAAUCUUCUGGGUGAAGAUCUUGCUCCACUUACCACCAGUGAACUUGACCAGCUUGAGAGUCAAGUAGACAAGACCUUGAAGCAAAUCAGAUCAAGAAAGACUCAAGUGCUACUUGAUGAACUCUGCGACUUGAAGAGAAAGGAACAUAUGCUGCAAGAUGCCAACAGGGUCCUGAAAAGGAAGCUGGACGAGGUCGAGGCAGAGGCGCCUCCUCCCCCACAGCCACAGCUGCCGUGGCAGGGCGGCAGCGGCGACGACGCCAUGGUGUCGGACGGCCCUCCACAACCAGAGCAUUUCUUCCAGGCCCUGGAGAGCAACCCAUCUCUGCAGCCAACAUUCCAUACCGUCGACAUGAACCAGCAGCCGGUGCCGGCGCCGGGCGGCUGCUACCCUCCUGCGUGGUCGGCGUGGAUGGCAUAGCCAUUAGCCAGUGCUUCAUUGUUGCAUUGGCCGGAGAAGUGCUCGUGUCCUCCAGAGAUUCCUUCGAGUUCCGUUUCUGCUUUUUGCUCGCCUAUUUGCUCUGCUUCCAAUGCUUGCCGAACUGUAAGUGACAAAUUAAAAUGGCCCUGUAUAGGUUGCUGUCUUUAUCUUCGUUGAUCUCUGCUCAGCUGCUUGAUUUAGCGUUUCAUUAAGCGGUCUGACGAUGCAUGAUAAAGAGAAAAAUGGUUGUCUGGUUGAACUUCCUAUGUUUUGGAUUCUACAAUGCUUGGCAAUAAGCACUGUCAUGUUGGACCGCUAGCUAGACCAGAGUGUCGGAACACAAGGCAAAAUUAAUGGGGGCAAA